AUGCUGAUCAAGUGCGUUUCUCAGCUCCAACAUGACCCCGUCCCCAUUGCAUCAUCACAUGGCCCAGAACUGGAAAAGGUCACACUAGAGCCGAAAGCUGACAUUCCGCGUGCUAACAGGGUCCGAACACUCACUGGAAAGGAGAUCGAGCUCGACAUCGAGCCUGACUAUAAGGUUUCUCGGAUAAAGGAGCGUGUCGAGGAGAAGGAGGGAAUUCCUCCUGUCCAGCAACGACUGAUCUUCGGCGGCAAGCAGAUGGCGGACGACAAGACAGCGUCAGAAUAUAACCUCGAAGGUGGCGCCACGCUCCAUCUCGUGCUUGCUCUGCGUGGAGGAUGCGCUGCGAUGUCGAUGUAA